GGCAGAUCGCAAGUCACAUGGUAGGCGGAGCAUGGGCCGAGACAACACUGCAAGGCUAUAGCAGCGCAGUGGCGAAAUUCAAAGAAUAUAUCGAGGACCAGAACAAGGACUGGACGAAAGCCAUACCAGUGAAAGCGAUCGAUAUCUACGGCUGGCUGGUCUUCGAGCUUGGCAACUGGCAACCAAACUCACCCCCCCUCUCCUAGACCAGGCAGUCGUCGAUUCCCUAAUACGUGCAACCGAGAGAGCCGAGGAACAGUCAUCACUAGAAGCGAACAAAGAAGAAGAAAAUGACGUCGUAAAUAGAGAAAAAACCCCAAUCAUGUUACGGGAGUUGACAGGACUAGUAUGUGAUUAUGCAGGCAGGUCAGACGUGCAAGAGGCGAUCGCAUCCGCGGCGUUGGUAGCUUUCUGGGGCAUGAUGCGCCCUGUGGAGAGCCAAGACGGCAAAACCGGGUGACGUCCAGAUCAUUCGCAUAGCAUCACAACCAUCCGUGCUAGACCCUGUAGCAGCCCUAGAAAGGCUAAUAGAACGAAACCCAUCCUACAAGCCGGACGAACCCCUUUUCGGUUUUGGAAUAGGCAAGGCACGGGUUCCUCUCUCGAGACGACUUUUCGUGAGCAAUUUGGAAUCGCGUUGGGGAGAGGGAGGUGUAAAAGUGGGAGGGUGGUCAGGGCACUCGUUCCGGGUAGGUGGUGCGUCGCUACGCUGGAACCUAAAAGACUACUCCCCGGCUGAACUGAAAGAAGCAAAGGACAUCCUAUUAUAACGUGGAAUGCAGAAAAAGCCAAAUGCGGAUGAAUGAACGACGAAAGUUUAAAGCCACUUGAACCU